UCCUUUGCGGAGCCGCAGCUGCGAAACUUGCAGCGUGUAUUUGUUUACUGAAUUAAUCUUAUGUACAUGUAGUAUUUAAAUUUGUUCGCAUCAUCAGAAACUUAUGUUGUAAACAUUUUUAUUGUAACAAUUGGGUUUAAAAUGGAAUAAUAUUUAAUAGUAAUGAGGAGCAGUUCGUCCGUGUCUUUAACUGGCGGCCGCGGGUCGGGCUCGGUUCGGCUGAUCAGUCCACCUGCAAGUCCAGCAGUGGUUACUGUGGACACUGCCAUUGAAUAUUUAAUGGUGAAGAAAGACUUUCAGGCUGCCCUGGACACGUGUGAGAAAGGUCUAGAGAGUUUGGCUUCUGCAGAGCAGGAGGAGAGUUGCUUCAAGCAUGGAGAACUGAAAGCUGCUUUGACUAUAGUGGGGAUUCAGGCGUUGGCUGAGCUCAAUCAGUGGCGUGGAGUUUUGUCAUGGGUUUUACAGCAAUAUGGAGAAACUACGAAAAUUCCUGCCAAGAUUAUCCAGAUGUGCAUUCUGCUGUAUGUGAAAGUAGGUGAAUGGGCAGUGAUGAAGGAUGCAGUUAAUGAUUGGUUGCGCUGCUCCAGUAACAUGAGCCAAUCAGGGUUCAGCACAAUGUCUGAACUGUAUAUUCUUCACAUACUGUUACCGAUGGGCCUUACGGCCGAAGCUCUGGAGCUGCUGGAGAGUGAUGUGGGACAGGUUGCGUUCACUGAGGAACAGAGGCAAGCUGCGCGUAGUUUGGUAGACCUUCAAAAAGAGAAAAAUGCGUCAUUGUCCAACCCAGAUCCUCAAUCUGUAGCUGUAGCUGCUUCACGUAAAGAUAAUUCAAGCAAGAGGCUCAAUCCCAUCAUGAGGUUGUUGCUCAGAGGUCUCUCAUUAGCCAGUGUGAGAGUCAGAUCCAUCUCUCUACGAAGAGUUUUUCUGGCUGUAAUGUUGCUGUAUCUGCUUCUUAUCCGUAUGGACCCCGCUCUUCCCUCAGCAUUCCCUUGGCUGCUUCAUUUGCACGGACUCCUGCAACAGGUGUGGAAUACCAUGUUUGGACCGUACUACAAAGGCAAUACAAGGAAUUAAAUUCUUUCUGUGUCAAGGACCUCACUGUGAAACAGUGUGCUCGAUUUUUAAUAAAUACAUUAGGUUUGGCCAUAGUCAUCACUUUCCCAUGGUGCAUUUCUGCAUUAGACUAAUCUAAUAACCUAUUUAAGAUAUACAAUGUCUAGGAGAUGAGAAAUUGUGAAAGGAAAUUUUAUUUAAUAUGAAAUAAAA